GAGACGAGGUUUCACCACGAACUAGCCCAGGUUGGUCUCGAACUCCGGAGCCCAAGCAAUCCUCCCACCUCGGCCUCCCAAAGUGCGGGGACUACAGGCGAGAAGCACCGCGCCCGACCGGACUUCUUACAUUAGCUAUUAGAGCCGGGAUGGUGAGCAUCUGCCAUGGCCAGGGACAGGAACAUAGGGAGAUGACAAUAAAGGUGGUAAUGAAGUCACGGCCACCUGCUCUUAUGAAGUCAAAAUCAUUAAAGACCCAGUGACGUUGAUGCCAUCCAGGAUUGAGACCUCUCUUCUGCCCAUCUGUGGUCACGGGCCUAGUUAAACACCGCAGCCGUCUCCCACACUGGGGGUUCUCGGAAAAAGCCUCGGCCUGGGGCCUGGUCUGCACGCUAGGCGCGGGCCGCGGCUCGCUGGAGGAGUCGAGCCAGCCCGCCCCUUCCCGCACGGCCUGCUGGGAGUUGUAGUUCAGUCGUCGGAGAACCGCGCCAAGUCCCGCCCCAGAUGAGUGCGCAGUAUGGGGACAGCCGGCCGGGACCCAGUGAGCGCGGGACUACAAUUCCCAAAGGAGCGUAGCAGACGACGCCCAGCCAACAGGUAGCCAGCGGCUUGCUUCGCGCGCACACGCGGCGGGCGGUGGCGGGAUUCUGCCGCGUGCGCUUUCCCGCCCCGCCUCGCCUAGCCUCGUCCUGCGUUCGUCACGCCUCGGACUGUCCGUUGGGCCACGCCGACCGCCCUACGCUCGCUCCGUCGCGGCUCCGCGCGCCCCACCUUCUCGCUAGUUUUUUCUAGAGCCCAGGCUCCGCCCGUUUCCCGCUUCCAGGGCCGGGUUCGUUCCCGCCCCCACCCGUCCUUCUCCUCUGCACCCCUACUGCUUCUGCUUUGAAGGCGGAGGCUCCAUGUUGUCCCCUCAGCGAGUGGCAGCAGCUGCCUCGAGAGGAGCAGGUGAUGCCAUGGAAAGCAGCAAGCCUGGUCCAGUGCAGGUUGUUUUGGUUCAGAAAGAUCAACAUUCCUUUGAGCUAGAUGAGAAAGCCUUGGCCAGCAUCCUCUUGCAGGACCACAUCCGAGAUCUUGAUGUGGUGGUGGUUUCAGUGGCUGGUGCCUUCCGAAAGGGCAAGUCCUUCAUUCUGGAUUUUAUGCUACGAUACUUAUAUUCUCAGAAGGAAAGUGGCCAUUCAAAUUGGUUGGGUGACCCAGAAGAACCGUUAACAGGAUUUUCAUGGAGAGGGGGAUCUGAUCCGGAAACCACUGGGAUUCAGAUCUGGAGUGAAGUUUUCACUGUGGAGAAGCCAGGUGGGAAGAAGGUUGCAGUUGUUCUGAUGGAUACCCAGGGGGCAUUUGAUAGCCAGUCAACUGUGAAAGACUGUGCUACCAUCUUUGCUCUAAGCACUAUGACUAGUUCUGUUCAGAUUUAUAAUUUAUCCCAGAACAUUCAAGAAGAUGAUCUUCAACAGCUGCAGCUCUUCACAGAAUAUGGUCGUCUGGCAAUGGAUGAAAUUUUCCAAAAGCCUUUCCAGACACUGAUGUUUUUGGUUAGAGAUUGGAGUUUCCCUUAUGAAUACAGCUACGGACUCCAAGGAGGGAUGGCAUUUUUGGAUAAGCGUUUACAGGUGAAGGAACAUCAACAUGAAGAAAUUCAGAAUGUUCGAAAUCACAUUCACUCAUGUUUCUCCGAUGUCACCUGCUUUCUCUUACCACAUCCAGGACUCCAGGUGGCCACAAGCCCUGACUUUGAUGGGAAAUUAAAAGAUAUUGCUGGUGAAUUCAAAGAGCAGUUACAGGUACUGAUACCGUAUGUAUUAAACCCAUCUAAGUUAAUGGAAAAGGAGAUCAAUGGCUCAAAGGUCACCUGUCGGGGACUAUUGGAGUAUUUUAAGGCAUAUAUUAAAAUUUAUCAAGGAGAAGAUCUGCCUCACCCCAAGUCCAUGCUUCAGGCCACUGCUGAAGCCAACAACUUAGCAGCUGCAGCCUCUGCCAAGGACAUUUAUUAUAACAACAUGGAAGAGGUUUGUGGGGGAGAGAAACCUUAUUUGUCCCCAGACAUUCUAGAGGAGAAGCACUGUGAAUUCAAACAACUUGCUCUGGACCAUUUUAAGAAGACCAAGAAGAUGGGUGGGAAGGAUUUCAGCUUUCGUUACCAGCAGGAGCUGGAGGAGGAAAUCAAGGAAUUAUAUGAGAACUUCUGCAAGCACAAUGGUAGCAAGAACGUCUUCAGCACCUUCCGAACCCCUGCAGUGCUGUUCACGGGCAUUGUAGCUUUGUACAUAGCCUCAGGCCUCACUGGCUUCAUAGGUCUUGAGGUUGUAGCCCAGUUGUUCAACUGUAUGGUUGGACUACUGUUAAUAGCGCUCCUCACCUGGGGCUACAUCAGGUAUUCUGGUCAAUAUCGUGAGCUGGGCGGAGCUAUUGAUUUUGGUGCCGCAUAUGUGUUGGAGCAGGCUUCUUCUCAUAUCGGUAAUUCCACUCAGGCCACCGUGAGGGAUGCAGUUGUUGGAAGACCACCCCAGGUUAAAAAAGCUCAAUAGCAUCUUAACAUGAAGAUCAAACAAAAAAACGAACCCCUACUGAUUUCUGGGUUUCUGCCACGGCCACAGGUUCAUAUCUAGAGGAAUGGCAGAUCUGAGACCAUCCAGGAAGAGCUAAAACAUGGCCCUGUAAUAAAUGAGCAGACCUCUCCUGUGGUUUCUGAUUAUUAAACACACUUCCAUUUCUCUUGGAAGCAUUUCUUUUCCUUGCUGUUAUAGAUGCAAGCCUGUGUCUAUUUUCAUAUUACUCUGCUUUGUGCACUUUAUGGAGGAGGAAGCGAGAGGAAAAUGGAAAUGCAGCUUUUAAGUUCUUUAUGUGCCACUUAGUGCCUUUUAAGAUUGAUUCCCUGAUUUUGCAGACACGAUGGGGAGGGGUUGGAGGAUAACCUCAUGAAAGAUGCCAUUUUUGGGGUGAAACUUGUCAUUUCUUUUAUACUUUACUCUUUUGAGAAGGAUUCCUUUUUUCUUUUCUUUUUUUUCUUGAGUUGGAAUCUCACUCUUUCACCAGGCUUGAGUGCAGUGGUGUAAUCUUGGCUCACUGCAACCUCCACCUGCCGGGUUCAAGCAAUUCUCCUGCCUCAGCCUCCCUAGUAGCUGGGACUACAGGUAUAUGCCACUAUGCCCAGCUAAUUUUUUUGUAUUUUUAGUAGAGACGGGGUUUCACCAUAUUGGCCAGGAUGGUCUCCAUCUCUUGACCUUGUGAUCCACCCGCCUUCGCCUCCCAAAGUGCUGGAAUUACAGGCGUGAGCCACUGUGCCCAGCCAAGAAGGAUUCCUUUUUUAAAAGUUUACAAAACUUGGAGAAACUUCAGAACUAAAGACUAACUGAAAAUGAUGUCAUUACACUUUUAAAAAAUUUACAAUAGGGAAUCCUAUUGCCUAUUGUGGAAAAAUCGUGUCACAUUUAAAUAUACCAUACUCUGAAAUGUGAGGUUUUUACCCAGUAGAUUGACAGUUUUGUUGCAAUUUGCUCUAUUUUUUUUUUGGUCCCUAUAGCUUCUUUCUAGAAAAAGAGGCAAACGUGCCUUGAAAAGCCAGGGUGGCUCAUAAUGAAAGGAAUGAGAUAGAUACUUUAAGAAAAAAGCUAAGUUUAAAUGAACCAUGUGACCUCUGAUAAGUCACUUGAACUUGUGCCUUGGUCAGGUUCACUGUAGGUUUACAUAUGUAUGUAUGUUAUACACAAGUCUUGUAAUUGUCAUUUGAGGGGAUUUGUUUUUGAGAGUUCUGCAUAAGAACAGAACUUUAUUAAAGAUUAGAGGGAAGAUAUUACCAAAUAUUACUGCCUUUAAUUGAUGUCUAAUUUCAUAAUUCAUGUGGCUUAGCAGCAAUUAAUAAAUAACCUGAUUUAAGGUCUUUACUCAGAAUGUUAAUUUGCAUUCUCUGCCCUGUCUGAUGUUCUUAAUAAUGAAGCUAAAAUUAACCCAUUUUAUUUAGUGAAUUAUCUAUUUAAUUUUACUUUGGCUAGUCUGGUAGCUUUAAGAUAGCGUUGGCUUAGCAAGGAGCAAAGUCCUACCCAAAUAUAAACAAUAUCUAGAAGUAUCUAAGAGUUCUUUUUUUCUGUUUACCUUGAUUAGGAGAUAAAGUUUUAUCUGUUAGUUGCUUUUCCUUUUGGAAUUAUUGUGGAUUUUAAAACUUAAAACUUGCCUGCAAGUAUUUAUAUAAACAUUCAGGUAUAUAAGCCUUAAUUUCUAAGAUAAUUUAACUUUUGUUAUGGGAGGGAGGUAAGAGUGUAAAUUUUAUAUAGAUGAAGGUAAGAUCUGAGUGUAAACUUUAUAUACAUUAAGUAUGAAUGGAAGGUAGAAAAAAAGAAAGUCCCUUUUUGCUUGUAAUUUCUUUAUCAAAUAAUUUUCUUUUGACAUUUUACCACUGAAGUAUUUCUAUAAGUCCUAAAUUCCCAGCAUACUAUGUCUCAUAUUUAUAUGCCAUCUUGCAAAUAGUUCUUGCUAUUUUAUUCACUUGCUGUUACACUUUAGAAAAAUGCCAGCUUGUUUACUUGCAUUUAUCAGUGAUGCCAAGCUUUGACUGUUAACUUGAAAGCUUGCUUCUGAAAUGUUGGUGCAUUUUCAGGUGACCUCUUAUCUCUCUGAAAGUUCAUACCUAUUAGCAGACUCUGUAAAUAUUGAGAUACUUAGCUUUUAAUACAUUCUAUAAGUAAAUUUAUAGAUUUCAGAAUAACUGUCAAAAAAUUUAAUGGUAAGAAGGGGUGAUGUGUCGAAAACUCAUACUAAAGUAUUAGGUCACUUUUAAAAAAGUGAUAAUCUGUGAUUUAAUGAAAUCUUAAGAUCAGUUACUAUUUAAAUUCACCAUUUCUGUUUUGGUCUUAUAAAGAAACCUUGGUUUAAUUAUCCAGAUGAAGUCCCCCUCACCUUUUUUUUUUUCUUCUUCUUCUGCUUCUGGAAAUUGUUUAUAAAGUUUUCUCAGUGAGGGUUCUUAAGAGUUUUCUUUGGCCUCUUUUCUCUCAACAGUAAAUUGAUGAUUUUAUAUCAGCUUUUUCAAUGAAAGAUGCAUUAUCAUUGCUGGCUAUAAAUCAUCCUGGGGAGAUUUAUAACCAGGUUACAAAUAAUGUCUUUUACUUCUUUCACCUUUUACUUGUGGUUCAGAUGCUCAGACUGUGUGUUUGUGUCGUGUCUGUUGCUCUACCACUUUCCAUGCAGUCAUUUUUAAUUUUACACAAUCGUAACAAUAUAUGGAACUCAUUCCUAUGAAUAUAUAAAAGGAGGCUUCCAAAAUUUUCUAUUAAAAUAUUUCAGGAUAAAUGUUGAUAAUUUGAAAAAAUAAUUUCAGUGAGCUGCUUAUAGUACAAAUGGUAGAAUCAGAGUUUUCAUUCUUUCAUUGAGAAAUCUUUCUGUAAGAUUGACUCGUAGAUAAAAUGAAACUACUGUGUACGAUAAAACACUUUCAGAGUCAUGCCUUAUUUUAUCUUAUUUCAUUUUAGUUUUUGAGACAGAGGUCUCGCUCUGUCGCCCAGGUUGGAAUGCAGUGGUGCAGUCUCGCCUCACUGCAACCUCCACCUCCCGGGCUCAAGCGAUUCUCCUGUCUCAGCUUCCUGAGUAGCUGGGACUACAGAUGUACGCCACCACGCCUGGCUAAUUUUUGUAUUUUUACUAGAGGUGGGGUUUUGCCAUGUUGAUCAGGCUGGUCUCAAACUCCUGACUUCAGGUGAUCCACCCCACUCAGCCUCCCAAAGUGUUGAGAUUACAGGCGUGAGCCACCCCGCCCAGCUGAGUCAUGCCUUAUUUUCAUAGUAUAACAAGAAAUGUUCUGUGGAAGUUUAUGUUUUAACACCUCUUUUAUACUUGGUAAAAUUGCCUGUGUUUCGCUUUAUUUAUUUUAUUUUUUUGAGAUGGACUCUUGUACUGUCGCCCAGGCUGAAGUGCAGUGGUGUGGUCUUGUCUCACUACAACCUCCGCCUCCUGGGUUCAAGUGAUUCUUCUGCCUCAGCCUCCCAAGUAGCUGGGGUUACAGGCAUGUGCCACCACACCCGGCUUAUUUUCGUAUUUUUAGUAGAGACAGGGCUUCACCAUGUUGACCAGGCUGGUCUCAACUCCUCGGGUAAUCUGCCUGCCUUGGCCUUCCAAAGUGCUGGGAUUACAGGCGUGAGCCCCUGGAACCUGGGCUUGUUUUGCUUUAUUUUUUCUCUUACAUGAAGUAAAGCGCUUUGGUCAAACAGACACAUUAUACUGCUUUGUACUGGUGAUCAGUUUCAUUAGUGGAUCACACACAGUGUUCUACCUGGCUUGUAAAAUGGUGCCUUGGAUAGGGUGAGUUUGGAUAAGUAUGUAUGAGUUAUAGCAAAAUUAAGUAGGUUGAGUCAAGUCCAUGUAAAAGCAAUAAAACAGUUUUAAUUUUUUUCCUAGGUUCUUUUAAAAAAUGAUGUAACUUACAUGGAAGUCUUCAUAGAACUUUUUUCUUUCCUAGAACUAUUGAAAUGUAAUUUAGGAUGAUUUGAUGUUCCAUCUCAAGUUGUCAACAUGGCUGUGUCAUUCUGGCUUACACAUUUUUGAUCUAACAAUUCUAGUCAAGGGAUAAGGGCAGAAUGAAGACAAGCUUCAGUUAUGAAAGUACAAACUAUUUGUGUGAUUAAUUUUUAAAAAUGACAAGAAGCCCAUUGUAAAAGAAUAUUUGCAGUCAAAUCACUUUUCUUAUGUUGUAAGUCCUGUUGUAGCUAUGUUUUGGGUAGUGGUUCUCAUCUACCUUGGAGUGCAUAAGACUUACCUAGCAGGCUUGUUUAAAAAGUUCAGAUUCCCAGCUUCGUACCCAGGGAUUGCCUCAGGUGGUAUGGGCUGUGGUCCUGGAGUCAUCACUUUUAUAAAUAGUGGUUCAGAGCCCACAGAGAGAGACUGCUUCAUCGAAUGGGAAGUACCAAGGAGAAAGUACAAUUCUGUAUUGUCUGGAGGCAAGUGGACACUUUGUACCUGAGGUUUAGAAUAGGUGGUCUCUUGCCAGUACAGUCCCAGGCGUUUUAUGUGUUUAGAAGUAGUAAGGAUGCCUUUAAUUCAGAGGAUUAAGCUCCUUAAAGCUGUUUUUCUCCAUUGUCAUAGUGCCUUCUCUGAAAAACGAAUGUACAAGUAUCCUAUUUUCUAACAGAUGUAACUAGGGUUUUUUUAAAAGCACUUUUUCAUAGUUUUUCUUUUAAAAAGUAAAAUUCAGCACUGUGACUUCAAUUCCCAAAUCUUUCACAUACAGGUGAAACAUUAAGCCACAAAUAAAAAUAAUGAACAAGAAGGAAGACAAGAUCCUAAUUUCUGUCAUUAGCGACCUAAGUACCCCAUAUCAGAAGCUUUGCAAAACAGAUCUAGGGACAGAAGGGUUUUUUGAAAGACAUUUUUCUUUGGAGAGGAAUUUUGUGUGCCAGGACUAAAGUUUAAAUAUAGUGUUUUUAUGAGCAAGGGAAGGUAGCAUUGAUUCCCAAAGCUUUCUAAUUAGAUACAUGCUGUCAUGGAUGUAAGCCUUAAAGGAGUUAAUACUAAUCUUGUACAUACAUAAAUUUUCCUCAGGUUUCUUUUUUAUUUAAAAAAAUGAUUUGUUAAAAGUACUUUCUGCUAGACCCUUGCCUUUGAGUGGCUUUGAAAUUUAAUAUAGUUUUUAAAAAGUGCAAUGAGAUGAGAUUAUGCUAUUAGUAUAUUAAAAGCAUGUUUCUGUUUUACUCCAAUUUGUAAGAUCAUUUAAUGGAAUAAAGAUCACAACACCAUGUUA